AAACUACUCUCUCAUUUCUCUCACCUAUCUUUAAAGAGUUUCUCUUUUCUCUUCUUCUUCUUCGUUUUCAGAUUUAGCUGUUUUCCGGUUUAAUUAAGUUCGGUUCCGGCUAUAGAAUUGUGUUAAAUAACGGAGAAAACCCACAAACGGUUGGGUUCGAGGUGAAAAAAGUCAAGUCUGCUUCUUCUUCUUCUCCAACCAUGGCUAUGCAGGAACAUUGUGAGAGUUUAUGUGACAGAGCUUCUGAUGAGCUUAUUUCAUCCACAGAUGCCUUUUAUCUCAAGACAAGAAAGCCGUAUACCAUCACUAAACAAAGAGAGAAAUGGACAGAAGCUGAGCAUGAGAAGUUUGUAGAAGCUUUGAAACUCUAUGGCAGAGCUUGGAGACGAAUAGAAGAACAUGUUGGAACAAAGACUGCUGUUCAGAUUCGAAGCCAUGCUCAGAAGUUCUUUACUAAGGUUGCUCGUGAUUAUGGUGUUAGCUCUGAGAAGUCUAUUGAGAUUCCUCCUCCAAGGCCGAAAAGAAAGCCGAUGCAUCCUUACCCUAGAAAGCUAGUGAUUCCUGAUGCAAAAGAGAUGGUUUACGCUGAGCUAGCCCGGAGCAGUUGGUUUCAGAUGAAGAAUAACCGAUCUCCAACAUCGGUUUUGUCAGCCCAUGGCUCAGAUGGAUUAGGUUCAAUGUGUUCAAAUUCACCUCAUUCGUCGGGGAAUGAGUUAUCAUCAUCUCACACAGAGGAAUCAUUGUUUCCAGAAGCAGAGACCAAACAAAGCCUAAAGCUGUUUGGAAAGACUUUUGUAGUUGGUGAUUACAACUCUUCAACAAGCUCUAAUGAUUCAGAGGAAAUCAAGAAGAAAUCAGAAUUGGAAACACAAUCUGUUCAAUGUUCUUCUUCUUCAUCUUUUGAAAACGCUGAAACAGAAUUGACAAGAAAGGUGGUACCGGAGUUCAAAAGAAGCGAGAGAUCAGCGUUUUCUCAGUUGAAACCGAUCGAGAUGAAGAAUAUGAAAGGGUUCAUGCCUUACAAAAAGAGGAUAAAGGUGGAAGAAAACAUUGACAGUGUAGUAAAAAUGUCAUAUCCUUUGUGGUGAAGUGUUUUGUGUAAAUCCAUUUUCAAGUCAGUUUGUGAAACUCUUUGACUCUUUUGAUCUCAACUUCAGCUUCUGUGUACAAAUUCUUCAGAGAAUUUAGGUUAGUCUCAAGUGACCAGUAACAAAUUGAUGUAUCUGUGGCAAAUCAAUCUGCAGCAAAUACCCUUAUGUGGUUAAUAUAUUUCAGUAUUUUGCACCA